GGGAAAAACCAGCAAAAGAAAUACGUUGAGAUACUAUGUGUCAAAAAAGAGUAAGACCAUGAAAAGUGGACACACACAUGCCACAUUGUUAAAAGCACCAGAAACAACCUAGGUGUUUUUUUCAUGGGCGUAUUAACAAGAUACACAAAUCAGUUCCUUCAACAGCACCUCGGUCCUGUAAACACAAAAAUGCCGCGCAAUCACGCAGUUAAGGGACCUGGGAGACACUGGCUUAACCCCCUACAAAAACCCCACCGUGUCGUCCACACGGAAAAACAAUUUAAAAUUGGAAUGACAACUUUACUCAGCAUUCGUUAUAAACCAGCGGAUUUACGUGGGCGCACAGACCAUCACGCCCGCUCGAGUCCCCCCCCCCGGCCGGCGGGGCUCUUUGUGGGAGCGCACCGAAAUGGCGGCGGCGCGGGCGGGGCGGGGCGGGCGGGAAGCGGCGGUCCCGGCCCCGCCGCCCCCAUUGGCUGGAUUUUGCUGCAGACCCGCGGCCGGCGGGGCCCGGCUCCCCCAGCGGCACCGAGCGCCGCGGCGGCGGGGCCGGGAAGCCGGGCCGUGCGCGGCGGGAAGGAGGGGGUGUCCGUCCCCGCUCCCGGCGAUUUGCUCCCGCGGCGGCCGGGGAAGCCGGGGCCGGCGCCGCGCCGCCCGCCCCCGUCCCCGUCCCUGCCCGCAGGGGGAAGGGCGCGGGGAAGAGCCCGCCCUUGCCCUGCCCCGCCGCAGUCCUCAACCAGGUCGGGCCGCCGGCAAUAUAGAGAGGCGCUGGCGCCCAUUCCCGCUACACGCUGCCUGGGUGGAGCGCGGUGAGAGCAUGUCCGGCAGAGGCAAGGGCGGGAAGGGGCUCGGCAAGGGGGGCGCCAAGCGGCAUCGCAAGGUGCUGCGCGACAACAUCCAGGGCAUCACCAAGCCGGCCAUCCGCCGCCUGGCUCGGCGCGGCGGCGUGAAGCGCAUCUCGGGGCUCAUCUACGAGGAGACGCGUGGCGUGCUGAAGGUCUUCCUGGAGAACGUGAUCCGCGACGCCGUCACCUACACCGAGCACGCCAAGAGGAAGACGGUCACGGCCAUGGACGUGGUCUACGCCCUCAAGCGCCAGGGACGCACCCUCUACGGCUUCGGCGGCUGAACUCGGUUCCUGGGAUAGGUUACGCUUCUAGAACACAAAGGCUCUUUUCAGAGCCGCCCAAGCUUUCAAAAGAAGAGCUUUGAUCGCU